GUUGACGACGCUUCAACUCAAACCAGUCUAUAAACGAACACGUCGCAUAACACGUUACCAAAGGUGUCCUCUAAGCUUUUUACAUACCUUAUAAUUGGUGCUCUUUCUGCUCCUGUUCGCCGCGUUGAAAACCUGAGGUUCUGGCCAUCAGUUCCACGAGACGACACUGUCACUGCACCGCCACAUCUACACAAGAUGCCUACACCACUCGACAAUGCCAUGAGAUCCAGGAAUGCCGUACUCGCAUUCGGCGGCUUGGUCACGGCAGUAGCUGUCUGGGCCAUCUACGGCGGCGACAUGUUCCCCGCGGGGCCGGAUCCCACAGGCAACCCCGAGGACUGGACCAGAGAGGAGAUGAGGAGGUGGCUCGCGGCGCGAAACCUGUUUCCGCAGGACAACGACACGCGCGAGGAGCUAUUGGCACGCGUGCUGGCCAACAUGAGAGCCCCGAGGCGAUGAGCUGGUGGG